UGAAAUUGCGUGCGAACCAUAGUGCGAACACUAUUCACUUCCUCAUCCAUACCACAUACACAUAACAGGAGCAGACGACAACAUUCUUUGUUGCAUCAUUUAUACAUGUGCUGAUGGCAGUGCAUUAUACGGCUGCUACCUGUUUUAUCAUUUUAUGCUUACAGUUACAAUUCGUGUCUAUCAUGUUGGAUCUACAUCUUUAAUGUGGAUCUUUUGACGAUCGAGAAGCUUGAGUCCUGAGAUAAAUUAUUAGUGUGUGCUGUCUGCGAAUUAUCUUGCUGUUGCAUGUUGCCAUUCGAGAUGUGAUUGUGAGGAGCCGUUCAAAGACCGUGACCGUGGUUCAUUAUCGAGAAUUGCUGUCUACUUAAUACCAAGAUAUAUUAUAUCGCUAUGGUGAGGCCGGGUGCAGGGAUCAUCCUUGCAGCUAGAUUCUCCUUCUACAGCAUGGAGAUUGGUCUUGCCAAGUCGUUCGGUGUGCUCGUCCCCGAAUUGGAAGAACAGCUGCAGGCUUCAAACGCCAUCAUCGGUCUCAUCACAUCACUCUCCUUGGCUACUAUGUGUCUGGCAUCUCCGAUGGCGAAGAUGCUGUUACAUCGAUGUCCCCGCCCUCGGAUUUUAACAUCCGUCGUGGGGCUGAUGGCUGGCUGUUCACUCAUUGCAUUGUCGUUCACGCGAAACCUCUUCAUAAUGGGACCACUUUUCAUCUGCCUAGGGUUAUGCUGCUCGGUUAUAAAUCUUCAAGCGCUUGUUCUGCUGCACGAAUACUACCAGGAAGAUUUCCCUUUCGUGAGCUGCAUCUCUGUCCUCGGUGUUCCCAUCGGUGCCGCCAUCUUGCCUCCAAUUACAGAGAAAUUCUUAGAAUAUUACGGGUUGAGCGGGGCCCUGCUAAUCCUUGGGGCUAUGGUCCUCAAUAUGCUCCCAUUGGUCUGGUGCUAAAGGUUCCAAAGACAAAGAGAUCCGCUUCAGAUGACGUCAUUCAACAAAACCAGAAGGAAUUGAAGCCACUCAUGGUGACACCAUCUGGAGUAACAAGCGAAAACUCGGGAAAAUACGUCACAUUAUCCAUCCAAGAUGUGAGGAGCCAGGUGGAUCCAGAACUCGACUCUCAGAGCCUCGAAUAUUCGACAAAUAUCGACAGACAGAGCCAACUGGAUAAUUUCGGACCAGAAUUGUCAUCGCAAGAGUGUAAUACGGCUUCUAAUAAUGCAAGAAUUGAGCAAUAUCCGCAAGGUGGCAAAGACACUCUGGCAAAUUCACCCACCAAAGAUACACCAGAACCUCUUCUACAACAUUCUUCAAAUUGUACUGUCAUUCGUCCGACAAGCGGAAAGAAUGGGUCGACUUGUCUUACUUUCUUUUAUCUUGAUGUCCUGAUCAAGGAACCACUUUUCGCCAUCUUCUACCUCCCUAGCGUCUUGGUAUUAUUCUUGGUGACAGGGGGGUGGGCGCUGUUUGUCGUAGUUUAUGCCUUGGAUCACGGAAUCGAUAUCGCUCGUGGGACUUACCUCGCAACAUCCGGAGCCGUCGGCGGGCUCGUUUCGUCUUUUCUCUUGUCCGUUGGUCUUCGCUACCGUCCUCAAUGGAGUCCAUAUUACUGGAUCGCAAACCAGGCGCUUUUUGCAGUCAUGUUCUUCUUGCAAGUACUUCACUCCUCAUAUAUCUAUCUGCUGGUUACAUCCUUUUUCAUCGGAUUCGGACUAUUCGGCGUAAACGUCGUGAUCGAGGCCGUGAUGUCAGAGGUUAUUAAGAAGGAAAACUUUCCCGAUGCCAGCAAUCUUUUUUUCUUCGCUAUAGGUAUAGGAUACCUCACAGCUGGUUAUAUUUCAGGUUUCGUCCAGGAUCAAACUGGGGAUAGCAAAAUCCUCUUCCUGUUCCUUGGAGUGAUGUCAAUGAUAGGUCUCGCUCUCGUAUCCACGAUGGUAAUCAUUUUCAAGAGAAGACAGCCUGUGAAAACUUCCGAUUCAAAUGCGACUGAAGAUCGUCAAAGAGACGAGACGGAAGGUUAUGAGGCUUACAACUUACAAGAGAUGAUCCGUUAUUUUACCGCAAUGACCCGUUAUUUUACCGCGAUGACAUUUGCUCCGGGCUCUAUUUCGUCAAGGGUGUAGGGGUUUGGGUAAGGGUCGCUAUUGAGUUUUAGGUUGGUAAUAUACAGGGUUAGGAUUGUGGUUAUGGAUAGUGUAAGGUCCAGGGUUGAAGUUAAAAAAUCGGCUAGUUUAGCAAGUUGAUGCGGAGCAGUCGGCCCAGGAGCACGUGUCGUAAAACCUUACAAAGAGCCGGAUAUUAACUCUGUUGAGAAUUUUUAAAGUAUUUUUAAAGUAUUUUUAUAGUGGGCUUUUUAACAUUACUCACGCAAUAGACUGAACUAAAACCAUUAUAUAAUGGUAUGGUAAACAGCGCUCAAAAUACACGGGGGCGAUGGGCGAUUCGCCCCCGUGAGCUCCAUAAUCGCCCCCAUCAGGUUGUCCACGGGGGCGAUUGCA